AUGAGCCAAGGAGCGGCAAUCUUUUACGAAGGCCAAAAAACCUUAUUAAACGUCUUUUCUCUGUGGCCCCAAAAGGAUCGCUUUUGGAGAAAGAUCCACCAGUUGAACUACAUUCAACUCAUGGGAUUUUGGGUGCUGUUCUUCAACAUUAUUCUGCUGAUGCACGUUUUGGCCAACUUGGAUAAGAUGGCCGAGGUUGUGAGGGCCAUCUUUGUGCUGUCCACCACUGCAGCACAUACCACAAAGCUGCUGUGCCUCAAGGCCAACAAUGUGGAGCUGGAGAAGCUCUUCAAACGUCUGGACAAUGAGGAUCUCCGACCAAGAGGAUCCGAAGAGGAGUUGAUCUUUGCAGAAGCCUGUGAAAGCAGUCGCAAAGUUCGAAAUGGCUAUGGAUUCCUCUCGUUGGCCGCCUUGUGCAUGAUCCUUAUUCCGCAAUUCGUCCUGGAUCGAUCCCAUCUGCCACUGGGCACCUACAAUCCCUUCGGCGAGGAUCCCAGUUCACCUGGGUACUGGCUUUUGUACAUCUAUCAGUGCGCCGCGCUGGGUGUGUCCUGUUUCACCAAUAUUAGCUUCGAUUCCUUGAGCUCCUCGCUGUUCAUCUUCAUCAAGUGCCAGCUGGAUAUCCUGGUGGUUCGAUUCGAGAAGAUGGGUCGGUGGAACAGUUCCGAUGGCUCUGUGGAGCAGGAACUAAAGCAAAAUAUCCGAUUCCACAUGACCAUCGUGGAUUUGACAAGGGACGUGGAACGCCUGCUUUGCAAGCCCAUUUCGGUGCAGAUCUUUUGUUCGGUGUUGGUUCUCACCUCCAAUUUUUAUGCUAUAGCUUUGGUGAGUGUCUAAAGCUAUAAGUUUGUUACCUAUCAGGCGUGCAUGCUGAGCCAGAUCUUCAUACUGUGCUACUAUGCCGGUGAGGUGACCCAUCGCAGUUUGAACCUUUCCCAUGAGCUUUACGGAACGACCUGGGUGAACUGGAAUCGUUCCAACCGGAGGAUUGUUCUUCUUUUCAUGCAACGCCUCCACUUUCCCCUCAGAAUCAGGACUCUAAAUCCCAGCCUUGGUUUUGAUUUAAUGCUCUUCAGUUCGGUGAGUAAUUUUCCUAGUCCUAAUCCUUUUUUCCACUGUAGCAUGAAUCAGCAUCAGAUGGUAACGGAGGACUUCUACAAGUACCAGUUUUUGUACUUUCAUGUCCUGGGAGUUUGGAGACUUCCUGCGAGUGCAUCAGAUCAGGAUCGCCGCCUUCAGUCCAUUCGAUUUGGUUUCAUCCUGGUUGUCCUGUUCAUCAUGCUGCUGCUUUUCGCCAUGGAACUCCUGAAUAAUAUUUCCCAAGUGCGAGAGAUCUUGAAAGUGUUUUUUAUGUUUGCCACCGAAAUUUCCUGCAUGACAAAGUUAUUGCACAUGAAGUUGGAAAGCCAGAAACUCGGUGAUUUGGUAGAUAUGAUGUUAUCCUCAAAGUUCGCCAUUAAAACUGAACAGGAAAGGGAAAUUUUGGAGUCGGCUAGAGUGGCGGUUGUGCACAUGAGAAACUUUUAUGGCAUUAUGUCAAUUGGAACUGCUUCAUUGAUCCUUUUGGUUCCAUUUUUCACAAACUUUGAGGAGCUCCCAUUGGCCAUGUUUGAUGUUUGCAACAUCGAGGGAAUGAUGUGUUAUUGGUUGCAGUACCUUUUCCACUGCAUUUCCCUGCUGCCCACUUGUGUCCUGAAUAUAACCUACGAUUCGGUGGCAUUUUCCUUGCUCUGCUUUUUGAAAGUGCAACUGCAGAUUUUGGUGCUCAGAUUGGAGAAACUGGGUCCUGUGAUUGAGCCAAAGGAUAAUGAGAGAAUAGCUUGCGAAAUACGUGAAUGUGCUGGCUACUUCAAUAACAUUGUGAAGUUCAAGAAUCUAGUGGAGCUAUUCAUCAAAGUGCCAGGAUCCGUGCAGCUUAUGUGCUCCAUUCUCGUGCUGGUCUCCAAUUUAUAUGAUAUGUCCACCAUGUCGAUUUCGAAUGGGGAUGCCAUUUUUAUGGCCAAGACCUGCAUCUACCAGUUGGUGAUGCUCUGGCAGAUCUUCAUCGUUUGCUAUGCCUCCAAUGAGGUGACUGUUCAGAGUUCCAAGCUCUGUCACAGCAUCUACAGUUCCCAGUGGACAGGAUGGAACAGGCCGAACCGACGGAUCGUCCUCCUCAUGAUGCAGCGAUUUAAUUUACCAAUGCGCAUUCACACUUUGAACCCCACCUUUAUUUUCAGCUUGGAGGCCUUCGGUUCCAUUGUGAACUGCUCCUACAGCUACUUCGCUUUGCUAAAACGAGUCAACAGUUAG